AUAUAAAAGAGAAGGUCGAGUAAAACAGCGUUACUUAGAGGAACUAGAGCCAUCUACACACAAACUAUAUGGGAAGUAUUCAAUAAACUUCUAAAAUUCUAAAGUAUAUUUUAAAACUAGAGAAAGUUUGAAGGUAAGGACUUCCUUGUGACUGUCUAAUCGUCAAGAGAAUAAGUGCAUUAUUUAAGUUGAUUUUAGUUCAAUGUUUUGAUUAAUAUAUUAAUUUAAUGAUUUAGGGAGAGGUAAGUGUUUGUAUUUAGGUGAGGUGUUUGUAUUUAGUUUAAGUAAUUUUUUUUGCAUUUUGGUUACUUUUAGGGUUAGGUACGUGUUUGUAUUUAGUUUAGUGUUUGGUAAGUGAUCAGGAAAAUAGCCAAAUUGUGGUUGAAACACACACCAUUCAACCUAGUCACAUAGUAGUUGAAUCACACGUCAUUGAAACUUGCUACGUUGUAGUUAUUGCACUCUGUAAAUCUUUGUACUAUUAUUUCAACUAGACAAUUUGUGAUUAGAUUAUAACAUAGUUACACCCUGUCAUAUUGCAGUUACAUCCUGUCACAUUGCAGUUACACCCUGUUUUACACACUGUCACAUUGCAGUUACACCCUUUCACAUUGCAGUUGCACCCUGUCGCAUUGCAGUUACACCCUGUCGCUUUGCAGUUACACCCUAUCGCAUUGCAGUUACACCUUGUCACAUUGCAGUUACACCUUGUCACAUUGCAGUUACACCCUGUCACAUUGCAGUUACACCAUGUCACAUUGCAGUUAAACCCUGUCGCAUUGCAGUUACACCCUUUCACAUUGCAGUUACACACUUUCACAGUGCAUGUGGAUAAGACAAAUCAGCGAUGUCGGGAUACUCAAAGGAUUACCUUUCUCCUGUUUGGUUGAUGCUUCUUUUUGGUAUAAUCGUUUACUCAGGUAAAGUACAGUGUAAUCAUGUAAUCGGGUAAAGUACGGUGUAAUCGUUUACUCAGUUAAAGUACAGUGUAAUUUUUUACUCAGGUAAAGUGUGGUGUAAUGUAUUACUCAGGUAAAUUAUGAUGUUAUCGUUUACUCAGGUAAAGUAUUUCGCUAUAGUUAAUUUAAAUAUAACAUAGAGCAAAGCCUUACUGUCACUAGCGAAAUCUCCCCCAUUCCUUCAUUGACCUCACCUACUACCUCUAUACCACGUAUAGGCCUAACUAUUGCUAACCCUAUUUAACGUUCUAUGCUUAUUCCCAUUUUUAAUCUUAAAAACUUAAUUCAUGUUGUUAUGUAGGUCACUUUGCCCCGUGCUCUUGCCACACCGAACGUAUCUCUGAAUUCCUUGAUGGAGUUUUUCAACCCAUCGUUGCCUCACUGCCAACUUACAUUAAGGACACCAACCAUGCUCUUCAAACCUUUGAAUCCAUCAUAAUCCCUCCUGAAAAGACACAUAAUCUAUUUCUUCUUGAUGUAUGUUCUCUAUACACUUCCAUCCCCCACACUGACGGUCUCUUAGCUCUCAAAUUCUUUCUUGAGACCAGACCCCACCCAUCUAUACCCACCAACAUCCUCCUCAGAUUGGCUGAACUAGUCCUCACCCUCAAUUCGUUUGAGUUUGGUGGCCAAUGUUUCGACCAAAUCAGUGGUGUUGCUAUGGGGACUAAAAGGGGACCCAGCUAUGCUUGCUUGUUCAUGGGGCAUUUCGAACACUUGGUCGAAAGCAGCUAUACUGGACGCCUCCCUCAAUUCAAUAAGAGGUACAUAGAUGAUGGUAUAGGGGUCACCACUAUGGAGAGGAGUGAACUUGACCUGUUCAUUAACUUUGUAGGCUCAUUUCACCCCUCCAUUAAAUUCACAUCUCUUAUCUCUGAGACCUCAGUCAAUUUCUUAGACAUUACAGUCACUCUUCACAAAGACACCCUACACACCUCUGCCUACUUUAAGCCCACUGACAGCCACAGCUAUCUACUCUACUCUUCAUCCCACCCUAAAUCCUGUAAGGACUCUAUUCCUUUCUCUCAAUUACUCCGUCUUCGUCGACUUUGUCGGUCGGAUGAGGACUUUUGGGACAAGGCACUUGAAAUGAUAGACUUUUUCCGGUGUAGGUCUUACCCGGAGACAGUACUUUCAUCAGCCCUCCAAAGGGUUAAGAAUAUUACACGUGCUGAUGCCUUCAGACCACGUCUGAGCGACAAGGUUGACAGGACAAAACUCAUUUUAACUUAUCACCCUCACAGUCUGAUUGCUAAACGUGUUUUCCUUAAACAUCGAUCUAUACUACUCACAGACACCGACACACGAGACAUUUUCUCUUCCCCACCUCUCAUUGUUUUCAGACGGGAUAAAAAUCUGAGAGAACUCCUUGUACGCAGUCGUAUCAAUGCUCCCCCCUACCACUUUGGGACCAAGCCGUGUGGACGCAGUCGUUGCAACACGUGCCCUUUUGUCGUCCAGACUGAACGCAUACGUUUCCCCAAGGGCAGUUUUCAGAUACGCGACGGUUUCCUCUGUACUAGCCGCAACGUUAUCUCCUUGACAUUAAAAGAGUUCACUCUCGCUUACUAAACUCACUUGUCACAGAUAAUAAUAAUAAUAAUAAAGUUCAUUUAAAAAACACGCUUCAUCCCCAAAGGCUCGAAGCGCGGUACAAAGUCAACAAAAAACAUAUCUAUAAUUCACCACAUUUAAAACAAACACAACACUACAAAAACUAAUUACAAGCAUACAAUAUCAAAGUCUUUCUAGCCAUUUCAACCCGGAGCAACACAGCAACACAUGGAAAAUAAGGUAGACAAUCAUCCCAGAAGGUAUUUGCGAAAUAGAUGUGUCUUUAGAUCUGUUUUAAAGGACUCCAGUGUCUGGUUGUUUCUAAGAUCGACAGGAAGGGCGUUCCAAAUUGUUGGACCAGCAAAUGCGAAAGUGCGCUUUCCGUAAGUCUCAAGGCAAACACGUGGUGUCGAGAGUUUGCCACUAUCGGAUGAGCGGAGCUCUCUACUGGGUACAUAAGGCGUCAGCAGCUCUUUCAGAUAGGACGGCGCCAGGUCAUGUAAGCAGCGGUAGCACAAAGUUGCGAUUUUGUACUCUAUGCGAGCACGCACCGGCAGCCAAUGCAACUCUCUCAGAAGUGUUUUUGCAUGGUCGAAUUUGCGUUUGCGGAGAACUAUGCGAGCCGCAUUAUUCUGUGCUAUUUGAAUUUUAUCCAGGAGCGUAGCUGGAAGACCCACCAUGAGAGCAUUGCAAUAGUCCAUGCGUGAUAGCACAAAUGCAGACAUCAGCCUCUUUGUUGUAUCAAUUGUUAGGAAGGGCCUGAUUUGACUAAUCCUGCGCAGCUCCAGAAAAAUCGCCUUGCAUAGCAUGUUAAUAUGACUUUCAAAAGUUAGUCUUCUAUCUAGGUAGACACCCAGGUACCGCACUGUUUGAGCUAACUCAAUACGCACACCUGAGAGAGUAAUGGAUGUCGUGUUAUGUGCAGAUUUCUGCUUCUGAGCGGUCGCAAUGGGGAGCAGCUCAGUCUUAUCAUCAUUUAAUUUGAGCUUGUUAAUGGUCAUCCAGUGCUUUACCGACUCCAUUGUCUUCUGUGUAAUACUGAGCAGCUGAGGGAACUGAGAAGUGAUCACGGAUUGAUGAAGUUGUGUAUCGUCCGCGAACAUGUGAUACAACAUGUCAAACUGCACCCAGGGGCUGAAUGUACAUUGUGAAAAGCAUCGGGCCUAGGACCGAGCCCUGGGGUACUCCGAAUUCGAGAUUAGAUUUCUUCGAGGUCAAGCCGUUUGAAAUAACCGAUUGGACCCGAUUAGUCAGAUACGAUCGGAACCAACACAGGACGGUAUCAGUGAGACCGAACGUUUGUUGCAGACGCUGCAGCAGUAUGCCGUGGUCGAGCGUAUCGAAAGCUGCCGAUAAAUCGAUUAAAGACAAAAUCGAUACCCGGCCCUCAUCACAAGACGACAGAAGGUCGUUUACGACGCGCAACAGAGCUGUCUCAGUAGAGUGAUGCACCCUGUAUGCUGAUUGGAAUGGUUCAAACAAGUCAAACUGAGUGAGGUGAUCCAGGAGUUGGCGGAGAACGACUUUUUCUAAGAUUUUAGAAAUAAAUGGUAGAUUUGAGAUGGGGCGGUAAUUUUCCAUCAUAUUUUCCAUCAUACAGAUCACAAUACACACCGUACAUCUGAUGUCAUGACCUUGAGAGUAAUAAUAACAAUUGUUUCCUCUGUCACUCUUACUGCAACAGUCAGGUAAUAAUAAAAUUUACUUCCUCUGUCACUCUAGCUGCAAUCAUUAAGGUAGGAACACUCGCUUUCACUGUCAAUCUUAAUGCAACCGUCGGGGAAUAGCGCUCGCUUCCUCUGUCACUCUUACUGCAACAGUCAGUUAACAGACAACACGUCGAUGGUUAUAGACUUUCUGAUUGAUUUGUAUAGUUUUAAUUAGGUUUUUUUUGAUAGCUCUGAGUGGUUUUACAGUCCGAUUGUUUUUGAUAGCUCUGAGUGGUUAUUUUGUUUCAAACAUGUCUACAUAAUAAUGAUGAUCUCGUGUCUAUACCCCAAACCUGCACACUUUCCCCAUUGUCCCAUCCUACACACGUUGUCACCAUUAUCCUAUCUCACCUUUACACACUCUCACCAUUAUAUUGUUCCUAUUUCUACACAUUAUCAUACUUAUCCUGCCCCACCUUGUAUACAUUGCAACCAUUAUCCUGCUCUAGCUUAUUCAUACUCUGUUAUCCUAUCCCACCCGUUACACACUCUCAUCAUUGUAUUGCCCCACCUUCAACAUACUAUAACUAUAAUCUUGUCUCACCUUCUACACACUAUCACCAUUAUCCUGCCCCACCUCCUACACACAUUGUCACCAUUAUAUUGCCCCACCUUUUACACACUACCAUCAAUAUCUUGCCCCACAUUAUAAUCACAUUGUCACCAUUUUCCUGCACUGCCGUAUACAAACUUUCACUGUUAUCCUGCCUCACCUUUUACACACUAUCACCAUAUCCUGCCCCACCUUAUGUACACAUUGUCACCAUUAGCAUGCCUCACCUUGUACACACUAUCACCAUAUCCUGCCCCACCUUAUGUACACAUUGUCACCAUUAGCAUGCCUCACCUUGUACACACUAUCACCAUAUCCUUCCCCACCUUAUAUACACAUUGUCACCAUUAGCCUGCCUCACCUUGUACACAAUAUCACCAUAUCCUUCCCAACCUUAUAUACAUUUUCACCAUUACCCUGCACUACCUUAUACAUACUCUCACUGUUAUCCUAUCCCACCUUUUACCCACUCUCAUCAUUAUAUUGCCUCACCUUCUACAUACUAUAACUAAAAACUGGUCUCACCUUCUACACAAUAUCACAAUUAUCCUGCCCCACCUCCUACACACAUUAUCACCAUUAUCUUGCCGAGCCUUCAACACACAUCGUCACCAUUACAUUGACCCACCUUUUACACACUAUCACCAUUAUCUUUCCCCACCUUCUACACAUUAUCAAUAUUAUUUUGUCCCACUUUCAACACACUCUCUCCAAUUACUCCUUUUCUUUCCAGGCCCUUUUAAAUUUCUCUUGAAGGCGUCACACUCUUUGGUCACAAAGCCUGUCUCGACCCACUUAUCCAAUGUUACUGGUAUACAAAGAGUUAACAUUAACCCAUGUUUAGGAUAUACGGAAAUUUUAAACUUAUCCAUGUAUAGGACAAACGGACAAAAUUAACCAAGUGUAUAGUGACUUCUAAAAGCUUGACCCAAACUAUGUUCUAACAGCAAAGCGUCUUUUACCAAUAUUAUUGACCACAGUUCAGAAAACUACGGCCUCUGGCGACUAACAAUGACUUGCUGAUGAUCAAACCAAAACUAUUAACAAAAUAUAAAAAUGCGUCUUAUAAGACAGUCUUAUAGAUAGCUGGCACGCUCCAAGAACUGUCAGAUCUGGCUUUUUAUAAAUGGGUUGUGGACCCCUGUCAUAGACCAAUGUAAAAAUUGACACUUAGUCACGUGACUCUGGUCAGAUUGAAAUCUGAUUAUGUACCUUAGGAUGAAGACGAGUCACGAAGAAAGGGUUGAUGUGACACGCCAUAUCCAAAAGGGAAUCGUUAUGGUAAGUCAAACUGAACUUAGUUAAGCUUGUAUCACGUACCACUUAUCAUCUAACAGUGGGUGGGUCCCGGACCUUUCCAUCUCUGAGCCGCGACCUUCAAAAACGGCCGGAAGUGGCAUCAUAUCCACCAGUGCAAGAUUUGCUCUUGUCCAUCAUAAAGAGAUGGGACUUUCAGACCGAUGGAUGCCAUUGCAAUGUGAGUUUUUAUAACUCUAUUUUCCUUUAAUUAUAUUGUAGUACUACUAAUGGAUUUUUCCCACCCCUCCCCAACCGAUAAUUAUAUAUUUUUGUUAGGCAACAAGUUACGGUAAACAUUGGUAAGUUUGUAUGAUAAUGAAAUAUGACGUUUAAACUUUUAUUUUUAAAUUUCAUACACAGUGUUGACAUUACGUUUUCCUGCUCUAUAAUUUAAUUAUGUCAAUUCUUUUUUCUAAUUGACUCUAAUACAGGGAUACAGUUUCGAGUGUAACAGGGAUUUGUUUUGUCAACGGAGAAACAAAUCACGGCAUUGGUCAUGUCAGAAAACUUGCUGUGGUUUGAAGUGUGUGGCCAAAAACUAAAAUCCAUUAGUAAACAUUUAAGUAUUUGGAAUAAACGGAAUGUUCCCACU